AUGGCUGAAUUUUCACUCGCAGAUGAAGAUGAUGUGCACAAGUGCGGCCGCUGCCAGGCAGAGUUCACCUCCUUGGAGGAAUUCGUGCAACACAAACUGCAGAAGGUCUGCCAGCGAGCUCCAGAAGCGCUGGCUGCUGCAUCGGCGGCUCUGCUCAGCCCAGAAGCACAAAAGGCGGUUCCUUCCGUGGAGGAGUCCAUAACUGUUGCUCAUAUAGUUGUGGAAGCAUCUUCGAUAGCAGAGGAAAUCGGCAGUGCCUCGGCUAUAGUAGGCAGUGGGCACAUCAGAGAAGUCAUUGUUGGAGAAGACCACGUUUUUGAAAACCCAAAUGGCCACGUUGAUGGGGAGGUCACUGAGGAGCAAGGGAACGCUGACGAUCAGGAGCAGGAUGUUUCCACUGAACUGAUAAAGUUUAAGCUGCUGGUUAACAAAGAAGGGCGCUAUGUGUGUGAAUUGUGCCAGAAGACGUUUAAAACGGCCAGCAUCCUCAAGGCUCACAUGAUCACUCACAGCAGCAGAAAGGACUAUGAAUGCAAACUCUGUGGCACGUCCUUCAGGACAAAAGGCUCUCUGAUUCGACACCAUCGCCGGCACACUGAUGAAAGACCUUACAAAUGCAAGAAAUGUGGGAAAAGCUUCCGGGAAUCGGGAGCUCUGACUCGGCACCUGAAAUCCCUGACACCUUGCACCGAAAAGAUCCGUUUCAGCGUGAACAAAGAAAUCGUGGUCAAUAAGGACGAUCUGCCAGCAGGAUCCUGCAGUUCAAACGCAGACACCGUUUCCUCAGUAGCGAGCGAAUCCAUCGACACCUCGCCCGUCAUUCACCUCGUGACAGACGCAAAAGGCAACGUUCUCCACGAAGUCCACGUCCAAAUGCAGGAACUCCCUGUGGUAGAUGCGAAAUCCCUGGACCAAGACCAGUCGCAUCCCGAGGAGCUGCCGUGCGAGGGGGAAGUGAACAGUGAGAACCUGCUGAGGCAGGCCAUGAGGAAUUCAGGUAUCGUGAUAGAGAGAGUCGCCGUGGAGGAAAUGCAAAAGCCAGAGGAACCAGCCGUGGCUGCUGCAGAGGAACUAGAAAACCAAGUGGUGGAAGCAGAAGAGGAGCCCUGUGGGGAACAGUGUGUUGAAGUAGAACAAGCGGAGUCUACAGAUGCAGAAAGAACGAAUGGGUACAAAAGUUACGUUUGCCCUCACUGUAACGAAGCCUUCAGUGACGCUACGUUCCUCGAAACACACGUGAAAGGCCAUUUAGAUUACAAGCCUUUUAAGUGCGAGGAGUGUGGCAAAGAGUUCACAAAAGGCUAUCUGCUCAAGAAGCACCAAGAAGUGCACGUGAACGAGCGGCGUUUCCGCUGCGGAGAGUGUGGCAAGCUCUACAAGACCAUCGCACACGUGAAGGGGCAUCGCAGAGUGCAUUCUGAUGAGCGGCCGUAUUCCUGUCCCAAGUGUGGCAAGCGGUACAAGACAAAGAACGCCCAGCAAGUCCACAUCCGUACGCAUUUAGAGGAGAAGCCUUACGUGUGUCAGUACUGCAGUCGGGGCUUUCGGGAAAAGGGCUCGCUGGUGCGCCACAUCCGCCACCACACCGGGGAAAAGCCUUUCAAGUGUUACAAGUGCGGGCGAGGGUUUGCGGAGCACGGCACUCUCAACAGGCACUUAAAAACCAAAGGUGGCUGCCUCCUUGCUUUGAAAGAGGUGGAAGAAGUGAUCGUGUCUGAGGAAAGUCAGUCCGCCGACAACUUAGCUGCGACCGUCAUUUCUGAAGAUCCUCACACUGUUCUGGUCGAGUUUUCUUCAGUGGUGGCAGACACUCAGGAAUACAUCAUUGAGACUGCCACUGAAGACAUGGAGACCAGCGAAGCUACUGAAAUAAUAGAGGGAACAAGACACGAGGUCGACAGCCACAUCAUGAAGGUUGUACAACAAAUAGUAAAUCAAGCAAACUCCGGUCACCAGAUCAUUGUGCAGAACGUCACCGUGGCAGAAAACUCCGAAGUGACCACAGAUGCUGCGGACACCAUCACCAUCGCGACCCCCGAGAGCCUGACGGAGCAGGUCGCCAUGACGCUGGCGUCGGCCAUCGGAGAAGGAGCGGUGCUGACUACGGAGGGGAGCAUCGAGACGGAGGACGGGACGGUGACGAUGGUGGCGUCUGAGGACAUUGAGAUAAUGGAACACGCAGGAGAGUUUGUGAUCGCCUCCCAGGAGGGGGAGGUGGAAGUCCAGACUGUGAUUGUGUAACCACCACGCAGCUAUGGCGGAUGUUAAUGUAAAACUUGGAUUUUUCUCCAGUUUGGGGAGUUUGAUCAGUCCUAAGUUUGCCAUUGUAAUUGUUCAGAGAGCGAGGGAGAGAAUGCUUCUGUAGGUGAGUGGCUUAACGAGAUGGUACAGCCCUGAGAUGGUUUCUGGUUCAAAUGGAAAGGACAGUAGUCAAAAACCGCUGCAUGGUUACGCUGCGGAAGUGACCAGCGCGCCACUUUGGACAGUCUCAGUGUUUUGUACAGCUGCCUCAAAUAAAGGAAGUUCCUUUGCAAAGCCUUUACCUCUGACCACAGGACAGUAGCGUUCUGAUGCUUAGAUUUAAAAGGAUUGAAAGUGGAGCAAGUGUGUAGGGUCUCAUAAGAGACUGCUUACUCAUAGACACUUAAAACGAACCAAGAAAACCAAACCUAACGAGUUCUGGUGUGCAUUCACCACCACUUGAAAACUCUCAUGCCUUUAACCUCACUACUCAAGUCCUCCCAAGGCAUGGUACUGCAGUAUUUUAUUUUAUAUCCUGGACAAGUAAGUAGCCUUAUGUACUGGUCUAUGAAAGAAUGCAUCGUUGUACCCUUGCAAUGCCAGACAGGCUGCUCUGAGAGCUGCUCUGUUGGGGUGUAAAGCCAUAUUGUAUAGGAAUGUGGUUUUUUUUAAACCAUAUACAGAUUUUUAAUGUCAUACUGUACAGAUUCAGCAUGUAAAUAAAUACUUUUUAAAAAAUAAAGCUAUUUAAAUUU